AUGAUUAAAGAACACAAUAAACUGAGGGUUCAUUGUAGAUCGAAAGACGACGAUCUAGGUUUCCAUGACCUCAACGAAACUGAGAUCUACGACUUCAGCUUUCGGGAACACGUGUUCGCGACCACGCUUUUCUGGUGCAAUGUGUGGAAAGGACCCGAUUUCAACAAGCAUCACCAGAGUUUCGAGGCGUUUUCGUCGGACACGCAAUGGAAACUGCUUUGUGGGGGUAAAAUUUGUAAGUGGGUCGUGAGAGAUGAUGCCAUUUACGUGUUCAAUACUAGAACCAAAUAUUACGCUUACGUAUAUGCAUGGGAUGUGCCUCAUGGUAACACUCAUAUGAUCACUUCUUCCACCUAG